CUCAUCCUGCCAUAAACACUCUACAGCAAUCGGCCCCCGUUGAGAUCACCAAAAAAAAAGAAAAAAAAAAUAGAGACGUGGAGGAGUGAUCACUCGCAGGCCGUUCAGCAGCAAAAAUGUCGCACAGCUACCCGGUCCCAAAGCCUGGGUGCUACGUGCCCGCAGUCACGUUCUUCGAGCCGCACAGCGAGCGUCUGUGUCUCGAAGAGCAGGCAAAGUACUACUCGUUCCUGGCCAGCACCGGGCUGAAGGGACUGGUCGUGCUGGGAACAAAUGCCGAAACGUUUCUUCUGACGCGCGAAGAGCGCAAGAUCCUGUUGGAGACCGCCCGUCGCGCCGUGCCCGCCGGGUUUCCCAUCAUCGCCGGCGUCAGCGGACAUUCGACCGUGCAAGUGCUCGAAUACAUCGACGACGCCCACCAAGCCGGGGCGGACUUUGCGCUUCUGCUGCCCUGCGCGUACUUUGGGAAGCAGACGACGCCGGCGGUCAUCAGGGGCUUCUUCUCCGACGUCGCCGCCCGCUCGCCGCUUCCCAUCAUCCUGUACAACUUCCCCGCCGUCUGCAACGGCGUCGAUCUCGACUCCGACACCAUCGCGGAGAUUGCGAGCGCCCACGAGAACGUCGUGGGCGUCAAGCUCACGUGUGGCUCCGUGGCGAAGAUCGCCAGGCUGGCAGCCACGUUUCCGCCUUCGCGCUUUGCGGCCUUUGGAGGCCAGUCGGACUUCCUGCUCGGCGGCCUGGCCGUCGGAAGCGCUGGAUGCAUCGCCGCCUUCGCCAACGUGAUGCCGCGGUCGGUCGCGCGACUGUACGAGCUGUGGCGGACGGGCAAGCAGGACGAGGCGCUGGCGCUGCAAAAGGUGCUGUCGCUCGCCGAGGCACCCACGAAGGCUGGGAUCGCCAGCACGAAAUACGCAGCCUCUCUUCUGACGGCGCCCGCGGCGGGAAUCCAAAACGCAGCGGAGAUGCUGAGGCCGAGAAGGCCGUACGUGGAGCCGGCGCAGGAUCUGAAGGAAAGAAUUGAGAAAACUAUCCUAGCCCUGCGGGACUUGGAAGAUAAUGCUGUCCAACAUGCACCCAAUGGUGUGCACUAAGCACGUUUCACAGACUCGAAUAAAAGAAAAGAAGAAGAAGAGGAAGAAAAGUGAAUAUAGAACGGACGAAAGCAAUCGCGUCUGAUAGACCAUACAGUAGGGUGUCACGAUAAGCGGUGCUAAAUGCAACGGAUCAUACAUCUCUAAUUGUUCUAAUUGCGAUGAACUCGGUCCAAACGACUCUACCG